UAUCCCUGUUGGACUGAAAAUGUCCCAAUAACGCAAGAAGAAAUCAAACAAGUGUUCAGCGAAUUAACAGGCAUAUUUGGUUUUCAAAAAUCUUCGAUGGAGAAUGUUUAUGAUCAUUUUUUGACACAAUUGGACUCAAGAGCAAGUCGCUUAAAUCCUAGUCUGGCUUUGACUUCAUUACAUGCUUCUUAUAUUGGUGGCGAAAAUGCAAAUUAUAAGAAAUGGUUUUUUGCUGCACAAUUGGACCUUGACGAAGAAGUUGGAUUUUCAUACAUGAAGCUUCGUGGGAAAUCACGAAAACGGAAUAAGCAAAGAGUUAAGAGAUACAAAAAAGCAGGAACUGGUCAACCCGCUGGAGAUAGUGGCAUCAAACCUGCUAAAUAUGAUUUUACUCCAGAAGAAUUAGAAAGGAAAUAUGAUAUUAAAGUUGCUGACUAUAAAUGGAAGAUGAGGAUGCAUGCUUUAGACGCUAAAAAGAAGGUUGAACAAAUUGCUUUGUAUUUAUUAAUAUGGGGUGAAGCGAAUCAAGUUAGAUUUUUACCUGAAUGUAUUUGUUUCAUCUAUAAAUGUGCUUUUGAUUACAUGAGAUCAGAAGAUUAUAAAGGCACAUUGCCAGAGUUUUACUUUUUAGAUAAUGUGAUAACUCCAAUUUAUCAAUUCAUUAGAGAUCAAAUUUACACGGUGGGGGAAAACGGAAAAUUGAUUAGAAAGGAAAAGGAUCAUAAAGAUAUUAUUGGGUAUGAUGAUAUAAAUCAAUUGUUUUGGUAUCCUGAAGGAAUUGAAAGGCUUAAAUUGAAAGACUCUAAAGAAAGAAUAGUUGAUCUUAGAAUAUCUCUGAGAUACUUACGCCUCAAAGAUAUCGAUUGGAAAAAAGCCUGCUACAAAACAUAUAAAGAGAAAAGAACUUGGAUGCAUGUUGCUACAAAUUUCAAUAGAAUAUGGGUUAUUCACCUCUCUUCGUUUUGGUUCUUCACUGCUUUCAAUUCUCCAACCCUUUACACCAAAGACUAUAGCCAAUUGUUAGACAACCCACCAACACCUCAGAGUCGAUGGUCUGCGAUUGCACUUGGGGGUACAGUUGCUUGCUUGAUCCAAAUCGUGGCAACAUUAGCUGAGUGGUCUUUUGUUCCAAGGGAAUGGCCUGGUGCCCAACAUUUAACAAAAAGACUAUUUUUUUUAUUGGUGAUAACGGCGAUCAAUGUCGCUCCCUCUAUUUAUACAUUUGGGUUUUUUGACCUUGAAACUCAUUCAAAUUCUGCUUGCAUCCUGUCAAUCAUUCAAUUUGUGAUAGCUAUUUUGACAUUUUUAUUCUUUUCCUUCCAGCCAUUAGGUGCACUAUUUGGCCGUUAUUUCAAAACAUCGAAAUCAAGAAGGUAUGUUUCAUCCAGAACUUUUACUGCCUCUUUCUCAAAGUUGACUGGUCGAAACCGAUGGUUUUCAAUUUUACUUUGGUUCACAAUUUUUACAGCCAAGUUUCUUGAAUCAUACUUUUUUUUGACCCUAUCCCUAAGAGAUCCAAUUCGGGUGCUAUCAAUUAUGGAAAUGACAAGAUGUAAUGGAGACAAGUUUCUCGGUGCCUUCUUAUGUCGGCAGCAACCAAGAAUCACUUUAGGUUUGAUUUAUUUGACUGAUUUGGUUCUUUUUUUCCUUGAUACUUAUCUUUGGUACAUUGUCUUCAAUUGUCUUUUCAGUGUUGCGUUAUCAUUUUCAUUGGGAAUUUCCAUUUUAUCACCCUGGAGAAAUGUCUAUUCAAGAUUACCAAAAAGGAUUUAUUCGAAGAUUUUAGCUACAAGUGAGAUGGAGGUUAGAUAUAAACCAAAGGUCUUGGUGUCACAAAUUUGGAAUGCUAUUGUGAUUUCUAUGUACAGAGAGCACCUUUUACCUAUUGAUCUUGUAACAAAGUUGUUGUAUCAACAGGUUGCUGCAGAUUUUGGUGGUAAAACAACCCUUAAAGCACCAACUUUUUUCGUUGCAAAUGAUGAUAGUGCUUUCAAGAAACUAGAUGAUGAAUUUCCUCCAAACUCUGAAGCUGAACGCAGGAUUGCCUUUUUCGCCCAAUCAUUAUCCACACCAAUACCAGAACCAGUUGCGGUAGAAAGUAUGCCAAUAUUCACAGUUUUGGUUCCACAUUAUGGAGAGAAAAUUAUUCUUUCAUUGAAAGAGAUCAUCAGAGAAGAUAACAAAAACUCAAGAAUUACAUUAUUGGAGUAUUUGAAACAGUUAUAUCCAACUGAGUGGGAGUGCUUUGUCAAGGAUACAAAGCUUUUGGCUCUGGAAAAUGGAGAAUUGAGAGAAACCAACGAGAAGAAAAAGGAGGCUGAAGAACUUCCUGCAAUGGGAAAUAGUAACCCAGAGACUUUAGCACUACAAUUAAUGCCCAAUGAUGAGUUUCUUCAGGGGAAAAUCAACGACUUGCCAUUUUAUUGUGUGGGUUUCAAAACUGCAGGCCCUGAAUAUAUUCUAAGAACUCGAAUCUGGGCAUCUUUGAGAACACAAACUCUUUAUCGUACUGCAUCAGGCUUCACAAACUAUGUUCGCGCCUUGAAAUUGCUAUACAGAAUAGAAAAUCCGGGAAUUGUUCAGCAUUAUUAUGAUGAUUAUGUUGGGUUGGAACAUGAUUUAGAAGCAAUGGCUAAUAGAAAGUUUAAGCUUGUGAUUGCAAUGCAAAGGUAUGCAAAAUUUAACGAAGCUGAGAAGGAAGAUGCUGAGUUUCUCAUGAGAGCCUACCCUGAGCUUAGAGUUGCGUACCUUGAUGAAGAGGUAAAUCCAGAGGAUCCACAAGGUGAAAAAAUAUUCUAUUCGUGUUUGAUUGAUGGGUUUUCAGAGAAAGACGAAAAUGGUAAUAGAAUUCCAACUUAUAGGAUUAGGCUUUCUGGAAAUCCAAUUUUAGGUGAUGGGAAGUCUGAUAACCAAAAUCAUGCGUUAGUUUUCUACAGAGGUGAAUAUAUUCAGGUUGUCGAUGCCAACCAGGAUAAUUACUUGGAGGAAUGUAUCAAGAUAAGAUCUGUGUUGUCGGAAUUUGAGGAAAUUGAUAUUGAUACUACACCUCCAUAUGUGCCUGGUAUUGUGUAUGAUACUGGUCCAGCUCCAGUUGCAAUCGUGGGUGCUAGAGAGUACAUCUUUUCUGAAAACAUUGGUGUUUUGGGUGAUGUUGCUGCAGGUAAAGAACAGACUUUUGGAACGUUGUUCGCACGUACAUUGGCUGAGAUAGGUGGUAAAUUACAUUACGGUCACCCAGAUUUUCUCAAUGGUAUAUUUAUGACAACCAGGGGAGGAAUAUCAAAGGCACAAAAGGGUCUUCAUUUAAAUGAGGAUAUAUAUGCAGGUAUGAAUGCGUUGGUUAGAGGAGGUAGGAUCAAACAUUGUGAUUACUAUCAAUGUGGGAAAGGCCGUGACUUGGGGUUCGGUUCUAUUUUGAACUUUACAACAAAGAUUGGUGCAGGAAUGGGUGAACAAAUCUUAUCCAGAGAAUACUAUUAUCUAGGGACUCAAUUACCAUUAGAUAGAUUUUUAUCAUUUUACUAUGCUCACCCUGGGUUCCAUAUCAAUAAUCUUUUUAUCAUAUUAUCAAUUCAGCUUUUUAUGGUCGUUUUAGUUAAUCUUGGUGCUUUAGCUCAUGAAUCUAUCAUAUGCACGUAUGAUAAAGACAUUCCUUUUACAGAUCCCGAAGUCCCCUUAGGUUGUUACAACUUACAGCCUGUGUUGAACUGGGUUACAAUCUUUGUCCUCUCAGUGUUUAUUGUCUUUUUCAUUUCCUUUGUUCCACUUUUAGUUCAAGAAUUGACAGAAAGAGGUAUUUGGAGAGCAUUUUCAAGAUUUUUCCAUCAUUUAGUUUCAUUAUCACCUUUUUUUGAGGUGUUUGUCUGUCAGAUAUAUGCAACUUCGUUGAUUACAGAUAUAACAUUUGGUGGUGCUCGUUAUAUAAGCACUGGUAGAGGUUUUGCGGUUUCAAGGAUUCAGUUUUUCUACUUAUAUUCCAAGUUUGCAAGUUCGUCAAUUUAUUCAGGAGCCAAAUUAUUUUUGAUGUUGUUGAUUGCGACCAUGUCGAUUUGGCAGCCUGCUCUCUUGUGGUUUUGGAUAACGUUAAUCUCAAUGUGUUUUGCCCCAUUUAUCUUCAAUCCUCAUCAGUUUUCCUUUUAUGAUUUUUUUGUUGAUUACAGAGACUUUAUCCACUGGUUAUCAAGAGGAAACAACAAAUGGCAUGUAAACUCCUGGAUCGGAUAUGUGAGGCAAUCAAGAGUUAGAUAUACUGGUUUCAAAAAACGAAUCAUUGGUCAUGUAUCAGAAAAUGCAGCAGUAGGUGAUUUGAGGAAAUCAAGUUUUGAUAAUACAUUUUUGACAGAAUUACUCGUUCCUGCCAUCAACUCAGUGUUUUUGUUUUUUGCUUACACUUUUAUAAAUGCACAAAAUGGAGUGAGAAAUGUUGAAGCUACAAGUUCUUUGUUGAGACUAUUGAUCUUAGUGUUUGCUCCAAUAAUCAUAAACGCUAUCUCCUUGAGUAUUUUAUUUGGUAUGUCUUGUCUAAUAGGACCUAUCGUAAGCAGCUGCUGUUGUUUUAGAGGUAUUUCAGGUGUACUUGCAGGAAUAGCUCACAUGGUAUCAGUUCUUGUUCACCUUUUGGUGUUUGAGUUGAUUUGGUUUAUGGAAGGGUGUAAUUUUGUUAGAACAUUGGUCUGCAUUUUAUGUGUUGUAUCGUUACAAAAUGUGAUAUUCAAAUUUAUUGUCAUUUUUUUACUUUCGAGGGAAUAUAAAAAUGAUAAGGCUAAUAGAUCGUGGUGGUCAGGCAACUGGUAUAAAAGCAAAGUUGGGUGGAGAGUGAUAUUACAACCAUCUAGGGAAUUCUUGGUUAAAAUUAUAGAAAUGAGUUUAUUUGCGGUUGAUUUUAUAUUAGGUCAUUGUCUUUUAUUUGUUCAAACACCUUUUGUGUUCAUUCCAUUUAUUGAUAGAUGGCAUUCAAUGGUUUUGUUUUGGUUGAGGCCAAGUAAGCAGUUGAAAGGAAGGGUGCUUUCCAAGAGCCAACAACGGAGAAGAAGAAGUAUAGUGUUCAGGUAUCUUCUGUUGUAUGCAAUAGUUUUUUUGUUUUUUCUUUCCCUCAUAAUUGUCCCAGCUCUUACGCAUAGAUUCAUCCCAACAUUUGAGGACCCAUUCAAAGGAACAAUGGCAUCUGGUUUAAUUCAACCAAAUUAUCAAGAUAAAGAUGAUACUGGGACAAAUGCUCCUUCAACAAUUCUGACAACUACGCCUUCCAAACCAGUUUUCAAAACAGUAUGGUGAUAAUUACUAGAUGUUAUAUGAGAGAUCAUGAAAGAAAAAAGAUAAUGCCGGGGUAUGUACUAUGGAGUUAUAAUAAAAGAUAGAAGAAAGGGCUUGUAUAUUACAUAGCCAAGUAGUUAAAGGCUGAUUUCUAGGAUUGGGAAAAAAUAUAACUACUGGCAGCUCUAAAAUUAGAUUCAUUAUAG